GAAAUGUUUUGCUCCCUUUUCUCUCUAUAGAACCUUGUCAGUAACACCCCGUCUCUCUCUCCCCAAAUGUCAAUACUUUAAUUGUAAUAAUCUAGACAUCCAAUCCAAGUAACCUAUUCAUAAAAGGCCACGGCAUCGCCUCGCAUGUGUUCCCAUGACGCAAAGACUAACCAGCAAAGGGUGUGUGUCUUCUGCUGUGGAAUGUGUAGGCUGUAUUUGGGAUGCUUCAAUUCUACAGUCUGAAAAGGGAGAGGCUAGACCGGUCCUGUAAACUUCUCACGUGUAGAACUGGGAAACGGAAAUAGUUUGGAAAUAUUAUCGGAAAACAAACAUCAGUUUCUCAUUGUUUUUUAGAUAUCAUGAGGGAGUAACAACAAAGUGAUUGAUUAUGGAAUCCUAUCCAUGAAGGAGCUGCAACAAACGGGGGACGGAUUAUUAACAACUAUAGUAGCCUAUACAGUUGGUCCAUGUGGCUAGAGUGGAGAUAGCUGGAGUAGUGCCAUGGCUCUGAUUAAACUUCAGAACGUGGAGGACUUGUAUGAAAUUGGAGAUAUUUUGGGCAGCGGACACUAUGGGCAGGUGCGGUUGGUGCGUGAGCUGGCGACAGGCACCAGCUGGGCGGGGAAGUUCCUGAAGCUGCGGAGGAGCGUGAGUAGCCGCCUGGGCCUGGAGAGGAAGAGCGUGGAGAGGGAGGUGGAGAUCCUGCAGGCCCUGCAGCACAGCAACAUCAUGGCCCUCAAGGAUGUGUUCGAGAGCAAGGCUGAGGUGGUGCUCAUCGUGGAGCUGAUCGGUGGAGGCGAGCUGUUUGACUUCAUCGCAGAAAAGGAGAACCUUUCCGAGAAUGAGGCAAUCGAAUUCAUGAAGCAGAUUUUAAAGGGUGUGGGCUUCAUGCAUGGCAAACAUAUCGCCCAUUUUGACCUGAAGCCAGAGAACAUCAUGUUGUUGGAUAAGGAGCAGGAACAUCCCCACAUCAAGAUCAUCGAUUUCGGCCUUGCACAUCACUUCACCCAAGGGGGGGAGUAUAAGAGUAUGUGUGGAACCCCACAAUAUAUAGCCCCUGAGGUGAUCAACUAUGAGGCCUUGAGCACAGCAGCGGAUAUGUGGAGCCUUGGAGUGAUAACGUACAUUUUACUGAGUGGCAUGUCCCCCUUCCAAGGAGAUACUGAUCAGGAGACACUACGAAACAUUGUGGCGAUGAACUAUGAGUUUGAAGACCAGUACUUCAGUCUCACCAGUGCCAUGGCCAAAGAAUUUAUUGAGAAGUUGCUGGUCAAGAACCCAAGUGAGAGAAUGACAGCAGAUGAAUGCCUAAUCCACCCCUGGAUCAAGCCUCUGACACGAAAGCAGGCAGCCACUCGGAGUCGCUCCUCCAUCAACAUGAAGAACUUCAAGAAGUUCAACGCGAGGCGGAAAUGGAAGAUGUCAUAUAACAUGGUGUGGGCUUGCAAUAGGUUUUGUCGCUUGCAGUUACUGUGCAAGUCAAGUGCCAAAGCUGACGAGGAGUUGAGGGGGUGUGAGAGUGACCAGGAGGAUACAGAGACCAAGCCAGCUUCUCUCCUCCGCCGCAGGCUGAGCAGCAACUCCUAAGUAUGGACAACAGAUGGCGCCACAUGGCCUCACAGGAUCUCAUCUAGUCUGUUAACUGAGACAGUAGAGGUCUGAAUAAGCUACCUGUGUCCACUGCUGCAGGUUCACUGGCUGUGCCACACAGUACACACAGACUGCCAUUCAUAUUUAUCAGAACACAUUUUGAGAGUGAUAACUUCUGCUUUUUGAUGGAGUAUAGCACUGUUGUUCACACUGAAGUUAUGGUAACCAUGCAGGUGUUGAAUUCAGUUUUGAGAUAAGAAGGUUCUACUGUUGUGCUUCUAAUUUCUGCACCUUAUUUCUGACGAGAAAAGGUUGGGGAAUUUAAUUCCGCAAAUCAACCAUAGCAGUAUUUUUGAUUGUUUUCAGCUUAAUCUACUGCCACACAUUCACUCACACACACAAACUCUCUCUCUCUCACACACACACACACACACACACACACACACACACACACACACACACACACACACACACACACACACACAGAAGCCCCCCAGACGCUCAGUGCAAACUAUUUAUUUUAGGAGUUAUUUGAAGUUAUUCCUUUUGAUAGAUGUAUUUUGUAGAAACAGAGAUUGUAAGCUCUGCCUUGGCAACAGUGUGGGGUUUUGAAGUGAAAGCUGUUUACAUAGUGUUCAGUGUAUAUCAUGCUUUCUACCUCUCACUGUAAUAUGACAGCCUUAUACAUCAAACCAAAGCUGAGAGUACAGAGAAGUUUUUUUUUUUACAAUGCAGCACAUUUGUCUUUUGCAACAAAUAUGACUGUUUUACAAGGGGCUUGAUUGAACUCUUGAUUAAGCUGUAUCUUGGUUACAUUUUAAACUUUUGUUUGAAAAAAAAAAAAAAAACAUCUUUUCCAGAUGUUUUUUGUUGAUAGUUUCGAUGUGUGAUUUUUUUAUUUUUUUUUAUCAUUAACAUUUGUAUUGGUAUUGCUGUGUAAUUUAGUUUAUUACCGAAUGACUGAAUAAAUGUCCAUCAUAAAAAAUCUGGAGCUGUAUGUUCAUUGUUGACUGUGUAUGAAAGCUACAGUAUACAAAACCCGUGGAUCACUAAAUAGAUUCUCAUACAUACUCUUUUUCUACAUAUAGCUUUACCACAUCAUGGAUUUUCAUGGACGCGUUUUGAACAUGUUUUCCAGCCGAGUUCUAGGUUUCAGAUGGGUGGGUGUAGUUGUUAACUGAACUCGCACAAGGACACACUGGCACAAGAUCCUCUGAGGGAGGAGAGACAGAAGUGUGACAUGCUGGUUUGGAAUGGCAUGGCAGGCGAGGGUAUCCAAGGAGUCAGCAUUCUUUGAGGGAGAGGGAGACAAGGGAAAUAAUGAAGCCCUCUCUCUCUAAAUUCCGUAUGCUGCCCAUGCAAGUGCUCCAGUUGACGACCCGCCUCAGACCUCACUCCUCAAAGGCACUCAGUCAUCAGAUCGGCGCAGUCGCGGGAGGAAGGCCGUUGCCAUAGAGCGAUUCACAACAGACGCAGCCUUGCGCAAAAAAAGGAGCUUUGACAAAUGUGAGUGUGAUCUCAUAAUUUAAAAAUGUACCUGUCAACGAGGUAUGUGUGAUUAAUACUUAAGCGUUGUCACUGAUAGUCUAAUAUUGUGAGAAAGUGUAGCCUUUGUAAUGUAACUGGCACUGAGGCGUGCGCCUUACACAUAUGCACACACGAACUCAUACAGCUACUGUGAGUCAAUUAUCCACCAACGCAGACAGUGUAACGAAACUUAAGAAACAGGAUACGGUCAGGUAGGCUACUUGAAAAAGUAACUCGAGUGGGAGUGGUAGUAAGCAUACACACACGAGAGACUAAACUGGUUUCCGCGACCAGAUCAAAUGACACACGCACCCGAGGAAUGGUUUCGGGUCGGAGCUUCACGAAUGAAAGUCACCAGCGCAAAGACGCGUGUAAUUAAUACAGGAAUAAAUCAUAAAGUUAGCGAAACGACGCUGUCAAUUCCUUUUUAUUCAAAGUCAGACAUUAGCCCACAGUGCCAUUGGCUUUUGGCAGCUCUGGGGAGAAAAACUGCAGGUGUAGCAACACAGAACAGGUGAGUUGUUCUGUUGUUCC